AUGGAUUUUGAUGAGUACAUGGAUAUGAAUGAUGAAGAUGCUGUAAACUUGGGAGAUGAUAUGAACGAGGGAGAAACAAAAGUGCAAGAAACAGAUCCAACUCCAGCUCAAAGUGAGACUCAAGCAGCUCCAGUUCCAGCUCAUCGACGAAAGAGGCGUUUAACUUCUGCUGCUUGGGAAGGCUUUGUUCCUGUAGGAGUUGGUAGUGAUGGCAAGGAAAGGGGAGAGUGUAUAUACUGUCAGGCAAGACUAGUUAUAGGUACCAAGACACAUGGAACAAAUCAUUUGCUUCGCCAUUUGGCUAAGUGUCCAAAAGCUCCCAAGAAGACAGAUAGGCCUCCAUAUGAUCACAAGAUUGACCGAGAGAUGACUAGCGAGAUCAUUAUCUAUCACGAUCUGCCAUUUCGAUAUGUAGAGUAUGAAAAGGUCAGAGCAAGAAACUUGUAUCUUAAUCCAGAUUGUAAACCUAUUUCUCGACAGACUGCUGCAUCUGAUGUCUAUAAGAGAUAUCUGGUAGAAAAGGAGAAGCUAAAAGAGGUUUUUGCUAAUCAUCAUGGUCGGGUCUGCUUUACUUCUGAUUUGUGGGUAUCUCGUGCCACAAUGACAGGAUAUAUCUGCUUAACAGCCUCCUUCAUUGAUGCUAGCUGGAUACUGCACAGUAGGAUAUUAGCUUUCUUGGACAUGAAUUGUGCACAUACUGGUGAAGAGCUUGCUCGUGUGGUUCUUGAGUGUUUGACAGAUUGGGGCUUGGAGAAAAAGGUUUUCUCCAUUACCUUGGAUAAUGCUUCGAACAAUGAUAGUAUGCAAAGAAACCUAAAUGGACAGCUUCAGAUGAUUGGUGGAAGUGGUUUGGUAUGUGAUGGUAAGUUCUUUCAUGUGAGAUGUUGUGCACAUAUCUUGAAUUUGAUAGUGAAAGAAGGCUUGUUGUUAGCAAAUGAUUUGUUAAAUGACAUUAGGGAGAGUGUUAGAUAUGUUAAGGCAUCUCCACAAAGAAGAAACGCUUUUUCAGCUUGUGCAGAGAGAGAAAAGGUCAAACCUGGUGCAGGAUUGUCUCUUGAUAUAAAGACCAGAUGGAAUUCCACAUACGAUAUGCUUGUGAGAGCUUUGAGGUAUAGGAAAGCAUUUGAGAGCAUGGAGACUUUUUGA